AUGCGUGGUACGUUUUGGGAAAUUGUAUUUCAUUUGUUUAUACAUUUCGGAUUUUACGCAAGUGCACAGUGGAAGAAUUUUAUCGAAAUCAACGUUCCUGAAGGGAAGCCCGCACCAUACACAGUUUAUGACGUGCUUCCACUGCCUACUGGUAGAGACAGAUAUUCACUGCUGUACGCUCAAAAAGGCGAUUCGCUCGACAAAGUUGGGCUGUUCAAGGUCUCACCUUCCGGCGUCAUAACAACGGUUCAACCGCUCAUUUACGAGAAAGGAAAACCGAAUAAGUAUGACUUAACAAUCGUGAAAAGACCAAUCAAAGAGACAGAUGGUGGACUUGCCACGACUGUACGGGUAACAGUACAGGAUAUAAAUAACUUUACACCAUUGUUCGCUUUUCAAUUAUACAACGGAACCAUUAAAGAAAAUUCACCUGCGGAUACGACUGUUAUGGGUUUGGAGAAUUGCUACGCUGAGGAUCGUGAUUCUUCUGGAGUAAGAGCUUAUAAAAUCAUCAGAGGGAAUGAGAAGGGGUAUUUUAAGGCAGAAAAGCGUAAAGUGGGGGAGAAAAGUUUCUUGCAGUUGAAAGCAACAAGCAAGCCAAUCAAACGAGGUAAAACCACGCCUUUAAUGACCUUGACAGUAGAAGCUGAAGACAUGGGAAACCCGCCAUUAACCGCUCGCACGACGAUUAGAAUUCUGAUUGAAGAGAUGAACGACCAUGCACCGGUUUUCGACAAAAUCAGCUACGAGCGCGCUAUAAGCGAAGAUACGCCAACAAUGACGCCGAUUCUUAAAGUACAAGCAACAGACCAAGAUGGAGGAGUGGAUGGAGAAAUUUAUUAUUUCUUUCAAACUCUGUCCAGCUUUUUCAAUAUUAAUGUCUUCACGGGUGUUGUAAUGCUCGUACGCGAAUUGGACUAUUCUCAAAGCGAUCAGCGCUUGCAUCAGUUGACAGUCGUUGCGCGUGAUGCAGGAAAUCCCAGCAAAGAGACCAUAGCUUCUGUUAUCAUCACUGUACCUCUAGAUAUUCCUAACUUUCCAUUUUCUGGGUCUUCGAGCUCCGAUCAAGAAAACACAGUACCAUUCUUUCUCUAUGCUCCAUAUCAUUUUACUAUCCAUACGUCAUUUCCAGUAAAAGGAAGUCUUGGCGUCAUCUUUGCCGCGGACAAGGAUCCACCAGGCUCGAACAGUGACCUGCGAUACUCACUACUCAGUGCCUCUAGUGUAUUUGCCAUCGAUUUAUUUAGUGGUGUUUUAACAGUGAGCGGGGGUCUUAAUGUGCAGACAUAUACAUUAACAGUGAAAGCUAAGGACCAGGGAAGCCCUUCAAAAGAAGCAGAAGCCCAGGUAAAGAUUGUAGUUAAGGACUCAGGUAAUUCCCAGGACUACCCUGUGUUCAGUGAUCCUAUACAAGUUCUUAGGGUAGCUGAAGAUGUAGAAGUCGGUAGGUCAGUAUUUCGAGCUUCGGUAAUCUCCGACUCCAGCACUGGGAAAGGCGUCGUGUACUCGGCAAUCUCUGGUUCGGCACUGCCAUACUUUGAAGUUGACGAGGUUAAUGGAGUGAUGAGAACUGCUGCCCAUCUGGACAGAGAAACACAAGCAACUUAUGAUAUGAUUAUAGAGGCAAGAAACAAGGAGAAACUGCCACGUCACUCCUAUCUUUACGUCACAAUUGAUAUCACAGAUGUAGACGAUGCUUACCCGGACUUUAGCAAAUCAGCUUAUAACGCGGGGGUUCCCGAGGGGAGUCCUAAAGGGACGUUUGUCACUGUAAUACAUGCAAUAGACAAAGAUAACCAGGUGGUUGUAUAUGAAACAUUAAAUUACCGGUCAGAGUUUGAAAUUGAAUCUAACACUGGUGUGAUAAGAACUAAGCGAGUUCUUGAACGAGCAACGGGUGACAUAGAAUUUCUUCUUUAUGUUACUGCCAAUGAUGAAGAUGGAAAAACAUCUCAAGCGAUUGUGAAAAUCCAAGUUAUCAGUUCCCCUGACUCAAUUGCCAAGUUUUGGAAGCAGUCUUAUGAAGUGUCCUUGAGAGAAGGACAGGGCCUGGUACCGAACUUGUUGUGUAUCGCAGCCUCCGGCAGUAAAGGAAAUGUUAAGUAUUCAAUGAAGUCUGGAGGAGACAGCAGAUUUCAAAUCGAUCUUGUUACUGGUAAGUUUAAGACACAAUAUGCGAUUGCUGUAAUUUUGAACAAAACUCCAUGCAUCCGAAAUGAAUUUUAAAAUUCACCUCUAAGUGAAAGACAAAUUGCGCGUGUUGAAAAAAGGAACUAUUCUACUGUUUUUAUUGCUCCUCUUAAUUUCUUCCACAAAUUAUUACUCUACUUUUUUGGUGCAUUACUUUACCCUUUGCUAUUGUCCUUAGUAUUAAACUAUGGUUGUGAACCUGAUAAUAGUCAAUCCGGCCCAAAUUCUAUCUAUCCAUCCAGUUUAUUACCAUCGACUGAAGACACAAUUCACCUUGAGCCUGAAAAUGAACACGCACAGGUUUUCGCAGCUUUAGUCACUCUUACUAACAACAGUCCUAUUCAGGACUACAGCCACCCGGAUGAUCAUAAUUAUUUCGCUAACUUGUUACAUGACUUAAGCUUCUGGUUUCAAACCAUUUACUAUGCUUAAAUAAGUAUAAUUUUUUAAUGUUCCAACAGGUUCGUUGUCAGUGAAAGACACUUUCUAUUACAAGUUUGAUCAAGGUGGUUAUGUUGUUGAAGUAGGAGCACAGAGUCAGGGUUCUUCUCAAAUUGAAUACGUACCAGUAACAGUGAAGAUCGAAAACGAAGAUGAACCGCCGAUUUUUCAGGAGGACAGUUAUGAAGUUACAACUCUAGAAAAUGUGGCCAAGGGAACCAAAAUCCUCGUUAAGAACACUGAAGGGUUUCGUUUCUCGACGGAUGAUAAGCCCCUGGCUGAUUUUGACUGCACACUAGAGGAUAUUACUGCUGUACAAAUUCUUGAUCAUUUCCAAGUUGAACGCAUGAACUCAGAAUGCCAGCUAAUAGCCAUCAAGAACUUCACACAGGUUCCUCACCGAGAAUUCAGAUUUAAAGUCCGUGUAACAAACGUCAAACAACGAAACUUUUUUGGUUCUGCAUCUGUGACGGUAAAAAUAACAGACACUAAUGACUACCCUCCUGAGUUUGAACAAUCUGAUUACUGGGUGUCUGUACCGAGCAGUACGCCCAAGGGAACAAGUUUGUUACGAAUUGUUGCUACUGACAGGGACACCCAGGGGAGCGAAGGAAUUGUGUUGGAACUCGAAGACGAUAACAGCAGGUUUGUUUUUGUUUCGUCAUCCUUUCUCUUUUACCACGUUUAAAGUUUUUACUUUUUUUAGUCGAUAAGAACAGUAUAGCUAAUUGUGCCUUCUUUGAAAGAUCGCUUUUGAAAUUUAAUCCACUAAUUUCAAGCAAGGUAGAUUUGAUUUGCUAAUUUGAAAAGUCAUUUGAUUUCUAACUGUUAAACAGGGCCAUCCAACUACAAUUUUUGGCAACAUUCUAAAUACUAAACGAAAACAUUUUAUGAAAAGGUUUCCAUAACGUUUUUGGGUUUUUACAAUGUUCCGCACUCAAGCGGUCUGGUAGCUCUCGGAACAAAGGUAAAAGGAUCAGGUGAGAAAACAAUAAUCAAACAAAAGAAACAAUGGACCCUAACCCGAGCCUGAAUUUCAUCCGAUUACUUCCAGUCGUUAUUACUCCCUUAACGUAACGUCUGAAUCGACUGGCCGUUAAUGUCGUCCAGUGACGUCACUCACUACCCGAAAACCGGGUAGUGAUUUUGAUUGGUUGAUUGUCUAAACAUUCGCAUAAUUAUGUAUAAUUAUGAAAAAUUUUAGCGGGAUUGUCGCUUGAUAUUCAGCGAAUCGCAUCCCUGGCAUUCUUUCGAGUAGUUCAAACAUUUCGAUAAGCUUAAUCUUUAUCUUGAAUAGCAAAAUUACCCUUGUCUUCGAAACUGAAAUGCUAAAUCGAACUGCGAUUGAAGGAUCAUUGCGGAGAGUCGGUAGGUUUUUCAUUUAGAGCUGCUUUGUGGUUUCGGUGAUUUUGUUUACGCGAAGUUCUCAAAGUUGUGAUUCGACCUUCUUGCUAUUUUCACCGUCAAGUGUAAUGAUUCUGUUAGCUUUUCUUUCUUGUUUCCUUUUUUUUUUUCCUUCGUUACGGACCAAAUAGCUUCUUUCCAAUUAAAGCAAAUCAUUGUGUUUUUGAACUAAGUGUUCCGUGUGUGUGUUUAUUUCAUUGCGUGAUUGCGACCGAGUUUGAUUAUAGAAUUCAGUACAACCGCGAGUUGUACUGCAUGCAGUUGAUACUUUGAACGUUGAACAUGAAUUACGAUCGAAAAAAGUAAAGCAAUUCUGUAUCAUGCAGACAUUUCCAAACGGUUUGCCACUUGAAAAUCGUGUUUUACCUUUUGUAUGAAUUAAAGCAAAGGUCAAGGAGUAGUGACGUCCCAGGACGGCAUUAACGGCCAGUCGAUUCAGACGUUACUGAGGGAGUAAUAACGACUCGAAGUAAUCAGAUGAAAUUCAGGCUACCCUAGCCCCGAAACAAUAGACCGUUUUCACAUGACGUCACGGCGGCCAUAUUGGUGUUCCAAAACAAUGAAACGGCGGCCAUGUUGGUGUACCAAGAAAAUCCUCUGGGAGUUGAACUCUUUUCUCAUGUAAAUGCUUUCUUUUGUUCCAAUGAAUUAGCACAGAUGCUGACCACGUGAGUGAAAACGCUCUAUACAGCUUCAAUAGCUUCCUAAGAGCGACUGCAAUUAGAAAAGGAUCUUGAAAAAAUGUGUGGCUCCCAGCUUCUUAGGAAGGGAUAUUCCUUGCCAGCGGACUUUUUGCCGUUAUUCCCCAGACGGCUAUUAAAAUAUAUAUCUUAACUUAACAAAGAUCAAUAAUUUCUAUACCACCAAAAUCGCCUUGCAUUGACCAGUGAACAACUCAAAACCACCCAAAACGGCUGGCUAUUCCUACACCUGCGAUUUGUCUGGCCAGCGGAUUUAGCUUUGUU